AUGGAUACCAUGUAUUUGUUGGAUAUUACAAAUCAUCGACUCCUUUGCUGGCGUGACGCAAUCUCUGAAGCCAUGACCUUGGGUUUUUGGGUAGAGUUUCUUUUGAACCUAGUGAAAAAUUUAGCACAUGCUGUAUUUGGGGCACAGGCCAUUCACAACAUGGAUAAAUUUUCCGGUCCCGAUGAAAUAAGAGCAGCAGCAGAGGCUUUGAAUCUCAAGCAGUGUGAGUUGGAGAAUCAACAUGGGGAACUGCGUGCCCUCUUUCUUGCCCAAGGUGUUUCUUCCGAUGGUGCUGGCUGUGUGGCAAAGGUAGCGUUUUGCUUGAUGUGA